AUGGGCCUCCAGUACCAGAUGUACACCAAGCGUGAGACCGACAACGUCGACUCCGAUAUUGGCCUCCAGUACCAGAUGUACGCCAAGCGUGAGACCGACAACGUCGACUCCGAUAUUGGCCUCCAGUACCAGAUCAAGAACUUCACCGACCACACCGUUGGCACCAAUAACGAUCAAACUCCCGACAAUGACAACGACAUCAACUUCAAGUGGCAUAUGAGCUUGGGGGGUAGGGUGCAGAGCAACGGCUUUCAGGCGACGUGUGUCCACGAUAACUCAGCCGACGCCGCCCCUGCGCACUGCGAUGGCCAUUUUGGACCCCUCGCAUACGAUUGCAGCGGAAGGUUCGACUUCACGCUGGCCUUUGAGCAGUCCGUCCUCAGCAUCGGCCCUUCUGCCGUGCUCCUGCUCGCGGCGCCGCUGCGGAUACACCAGCUGCGCUCGCAGAGCCGCAAGGUGGCCCCCGGAGCGUCGCACCGUCUCCACGUCCAGAAGACCAUCGCAUCCAACAUCAAAAGAGCUCUUUUGCCUCUGUCAACUUCCAGCGGAUGA